AUGUUUUGGAGUGGCUCAAGUGAAAGGUAACAGCUGGAAUGUAUUUUUCAUCCUGUUCCAGGAAUAGUUGAUUCUUCAUUCUCAAAAUAUGAAGAAAAAUGUAAUGAAUAUUAUACUUAAAUGGGUGUGUUUCUAGGUUUACUAUUAGCUGUCAAUGAUUUCUCACUCGACUUUGAUGAGAUAUCGAAACUUUCCUUACGUUCUAAAAAGACCUUUAAAUGUCAAUCUCUUUCUUCUUUAAAUGAAAGCAUUGAUUUGUUGAAUGUUAUUUUUUUCUUGGGAGGUUUUGUUGUUGCUGUUUUUCUUUUUUCUGUUUCCAUAGCUAUAUCUAUAUAUCCAUUGCUUUUAGAUUCCUUCCAUUUAUUUUAGUUAUACGUUCAUUGAUUUGUUUGUUUGCAUUGUCUGUUUGUUUGUUUCUGCGUUUCUAGCCUUGCUUGUUUCCUUGUUUGCUUUUUCACCUAAGUUAGGGUGUAUUAAUGUUUGACGAGUCAUAUUAAGAAUUGUGCCAAGCCUGAAUAUCAAUAUCAUUAGUAUAGCAUUUGCCUCAAUUUGAAACUGCUGACAGUGAUCGCCCAAAGGCAAAUCCAUUAGUGACAGGGAGAAGAUGUCGACAAAAGCCAAAUUCGAAAGUACUCAACGAUGUGUAGAGGUUAUGAACUCGGUGAAAGUAAGACAGAAAUUAAACCUAUCGGUACCCCAAUAAGUUUUUUUUUUUAAUUUUUCUUUUGAUCAUUAUUAUUAUUAUUAUUAUUAUUAUUAUUAUUAUUUAUUUAAUUCUUUUCAGUUCAGGCGGAUUUUCAGAGACUGGAUGUUACUUAGUUACUUGGAAAAGCAACUCAGAAGAAACAGUUUGCAGCUGCAAUCAUUUGACUCAUUUUGCUGUCUUACUUGACUACAAUGGUAGCCCAGAGGUAAUGAGUUAAUUCUCUCUUACCUUUAGCAUUGGUAAUAGAAUUUCGUUGGAUUAAGUAAAAAAAUUGCUGUCUCCUCAUCUCUCUUUACAGCUCACAGAGGAAGACGAAACUAUUUUGGAAAUUAUCACCUACGUGGGACUGAGUCUUUCCAUCUUCGCGAUUCUUUUGACAAUUAUUCUAUAUUCCUACCUCACGUAAGUACUGUAACCAUACGCUCAAAGAACUAAGUCUUUGCAUGACCUUAAAGGCUUUAGGGCUUAGAACAGACAAGUUCUUUAAAAAAAUCGAUUUAAUUAAAAUGUGUAUUGAACAAAUAACAGUAAUAACGAAUAAAGGUGAUUAAAAUGUAAUAGAGAUUAAUUAAAUUUAUGUGCGAAAGCGGGUAAGAUGUCUAAACUAGUACGAUUCAAAAUUAGUGGAAUACCUUGUCAGACAUUGCUUCGUUUUGUUUUUGUUUCUGUCUCGCCUUUGGUUUCUGUUCUGUUUGUUUGUUAGUUUUUUUAUUGCUUGCUUGUUUCACUAGAGACGUAUGGCAACCUUUGACUCAAAUACGACUGAGUCUUUCUGUGUCCCUCGGAGCUGGACAAAUAAUCUUUCUUACCGGCAUAAACGCCACAGAAAAUACGGUAAGUGUUGUAUUGAUCUAUUCGUGGUUUAUCUGCUUUUUAGGGGCUUAAAAGAUUCUCUAGAAACUAAUAUGAAAGAGCCACAAAAGCUUUUUUUUUCUCUCGCAGGCUCUCUGCGUCCUAGCAGCAGCUUUGUUGCAGUAUUUCCUGAUGGCAGCUUUCUGUUGGAUGCUGGUGGAAGGAAUUUAUUUCUUCCUGUUUGUCGUGAAAGUUUAUAACAUCAACACCAAGAUGCAUAUGUAUCACUUCAUAUCAUGGGGUAUUUUUAUUUCACUUGAUUUAGAUUAUUAUAAGCUGCUGAAUCGGAAACGCCUCAAAAUUGGACGCGUGACUUCUCCAGUUGCGCUAACUUUCUUCUUCUUAUGUUUAGGUUUACCCAUCAUCAUGGUUAGCAUUUCAAUAAGCAUCGCCGCUGGAAAAGAUGGAAUUAAAAGCUAUACCAGUGAAAAAUAGUAUGCGAAACAGUCAAUAAUACACCUGCAGUUUGUUCUCUCUUCUUCCUCUUCUCUCUCUCUCUCUCUUCAUUUAAAUAAUCAGCAUUUCACGACGUAUUGCUGCUGUUAAGAUCUCUUUCUAGUUUUCCAUCAUCACUCCAUUUGUUUUCUCUGGGAGUUGUCUUGUUUUAUCGUGUUGUUGUGUUUGAUUUGUGUCGUGCUGUGAAGAUUAUUUUCUGUAAAUUAAUAUUUUUUAUACACUCGUUUCCAGUUGCUGGCUUUCCUCAACAAAUAACCUGAUCUGGAUCUUCGUCACAUUUGUAGCUUUCAUUGAAGUUGUGAGUCUCUGAUUAAUUGACGUCUCAUUAAUAUUGUUAGAGAUUUUCACUGCUAAACGACUAUCGUCUUUCAAAAGAAUAUCAACUCCAAUUGAUAUUACCUUUCGUCUUUCCAACUUUGAUCCCCCUUGGCCUGCGUGUGAACCAAGUAAUAGCGUGGCGCAGCACAGGGUUCUCUGUCGCCCAUUACAGAGACGCAGUAGUGCGUUGGCUAGCUGGACGCAGAGGGUUUAAUUUUUCAUGAAGAUUCAGACUUUUCUUUUUUCAAACGCUCGCAACGAGACGAAUGACCAUUUUUCUGUUGUCGGUGAUGCAUUUUAUAUUCCUUGCUUUUUUCAGCUCAACAUUUUGAUACUUGUCCGAGUAAUAAAGGAGAUGAGGAAAUUAAUGCAACCCACGGGGGAAAACAACAAUACACAGCAAAUACGGUAAAUAAUAGAUAAAUUUAACAUUUAUUAGAUAAUUGUGAUAAACUUGAUAAAAUUUAGAUGGGAAAGGUAAAUAAUAACUAGUUUCUACACAGGCUCCUCUGGUAAUGUGAUCAUAUUGUUGUUGCAUUUAGUUUAGCAGUAUUUGUCUAGAUUCCACUCUAGUUAGUCUGCGACGAUGAGGCAAUACAACUUUGAAAAAAAAAGUUCAUUCACGUGACUGAAAGGAACGGUUUAUCGAUGCUCAUCACAUAUUGUUGUCGUUAUUCAGACUUGGCAUUAAAACAUGCGCGGUGAUGAUCCCACUGCUUGGUGUUACCUGGCUUUUUGGACUUUUGUUAUCAUUACACAAAGGUUUCGCCUACAUUUUCACUAUUUUCAACUCUAUUCAGGUAAGCUUUCGGUAAAAAAAAAUCAGUCGAUAUUAAAUUGCAGUCAUCUGUUCACAUACUUAAAUGCUAAAAGUACUCUUUCAGCUAAAAAAAGGCUCUUUGACAUUGGUCAGAUGAUAUUGCCUAUUCAAAAUAAUUUACCCAACAGCAGACAAUCUUUAUUGGUUUACAAGAUAUGCGACUUGCUCUAAUUCUUUCUUUCGCCACUUUUAUUCUGGUUUCAUCACAAUGAAACGAUCAUAUCUUUAUCAUCUUUCUCAUCUGGAUUACAAGAGAUGUUAUACUGAUAUAAUUAUCUGUUUCAGGGAAUCCUGAUUUUCCUUCUUCAUUGUGUGCGGAACAGCCAGGUAAGAUGAAUAUCAAACUGAGGAUGUACAUAAGAGGAAUUGUGAAUUUUCUAGACAUCAAUAAACAUUUUGUGGAUUAGAAAUUGAUAUUUGGUCUCCCGUUCAUCUGCAGAUUAGAGAGCGAUUGAAAAGGAAGAUGAAUAUCAUUUUCCCAUCUGCUGUAGAUCAUGGAAACUCUGCGAAGAAGAGCUCACAAAUUAAUCCAAGUGAUGCCGGCGAAGUGUGGGCAGUAGAAUUGCAGUCCUUCAAAGAAUAACACAAUACAAUAUUCAGUAAUCCAAUUUAAACGACUUUUGGUGAUAACGUUCUCCCAUCUUUAAGAAAUGAAAACUCCACAAGGAAAAGCUCACGGGCUAAUCUCAGUGAUGUCGGUGAUGUGUGGGCAGAUAAAAAGUAGUCUUAAUAUGAGUUGGAAUUAAAAAAUCAGCGUAAAUAACUGGAUUCAAUAGAACGAAAAUGAGAGUCGAUUGUCUAAAAUCGUAUCGUACAUUCAAGUCUCACUUGUUUAACACUAAUACACAUUUUACUGUAUUCCUUUUAAACCACUGUUGACUAAUAUUUAAUAACGAC